ACCGGGUGUAGUGGGCGGAACCAUUCGCCGUGCCCACAACGGCUUCCUUUCUCCUGUGCGCUGCGCACCGUGCGCCGCUCGGGCCGCGCACACACAGUCCCCGAUGCUCGCGACGGAACAGCCCAAAAUUUGAAAUCCGCUCGAGCUCUCGCUCUAGCUCACCAGACGCCACUGCCAUCACUCAGCAGCCAGCAGCCAGCAGCCAGCAGCCAGCAGUACAAAACACACUAUCCGACGCGCACUUUACUGUAACCCACGCGCCCCAAAGCUGCGCUCAAGCACCCUGACCUCACCUCACCACCGCUCCACCCCUCCAAACUCCAGGUCCCGGAUCCGUCUCACCCAUCAGCACUGUGCCGCAAUGGGUCUGUGCCUCAGCAAGAAGCAGCAGCAGCAGCAGCGGCGGCAAGAGGAGCUGCCCCGCAACGCGGCCAAGAAGAGCGGCAAGGACGCCGCCGCGCUAGCCCCGGAGGCGAGGAAGGCGCCGUCCAGGAAGGCCACUGCGCCUAGGGCGGAGGAGCCUGCCGCGGACAAGCGGACGGUGUUCGUGGUCAAGGCUGCCGCCGCUGCCGCGGCCGCGGAGGUGGCCGCGGAGGCCAGCGGCGGGGAGAGCGAGGGGGCGAAGUGGGCGCCGCCCGCCCCGGCUGCGCCGGUAGAGGAGGCAGCGAAGCCGGCGGUUGUUAGCAGGGUGCCGGUGCGGACCUCCAGCUGCACCAAGGAGGAGGUGGACGCGAUCCUCAUCCAGUGCGGCCGGCUCAGCCGCAGCUCGUCGGCGUCGGGGAAGGCGGCUGCGUCGGGCGAGAGUGGUCCCGGGUACCGGAGGUACUCUGGAUCCAAGAGGAGCUAUGACUUCGACCGGGAGAGGAGGGCCGGGGGCGUCGACGACGAGUGCGACUGGGACAGGCUGGGCGGCGGCGCCGCCGCGUUGAGGCCCUCCCCGCGCCGGAGGACGCCGGACCGUAAGCGGUCGGCGAGCCACGAGAGCCGAAGUGGUGCCGGGAGCGGGAGCAGGAGGGUGAGCCGCUCGCCAGGACGGCGCGGCGAGGUCGCGCCCGCCGCGGCGGGCUCUGUAGGCGCCGAGCGGGCCGCGCGGCAGCCCGGGAAGAUGGUGUCGGUCCCGGCCCGGGAGAAGGGGCGCGCGCCGUCACCGGUGAAGGCUGCGCCUUCUGGGAAGAGGUAUGCGUCGCCAACUCUGAGGUCCAACUCCCCUGCAAGGGCGGCGGCCGUUGCGAACGAGAACGCCGGGGUGCAACCGACGCACGGGCCUUCGCUGAGCCGAAGCUCGUCGAGGAAGGCCGAUCACUCGCCGUACCGUCGCAACCCCAUGUCGGAGCUCGACGAGAAUGCUCUGGUCAACAACCACCACACCACCAACAACGGCAAGUCCCAAAUUCAGAAGAAACCCAUCGAGAGUGUCGCCGCCGUUUCACAGAGGUUGGGGGAGCGCUGCCAGAUUACCAAGGACAAGCCGGAGAUCGUGGAGGAUGCCGUGGCGUCGGAAACCAAGGCGCCGUCCGCGAGGAUGAACGCGACGCACACGGUGAGCAUUGUGGCCGAGAGCGUCGUCAACAACACGAGGGCGGGGCCUGGGUGCCGGUCGUCUAGGCGCUCGUCGCGGGACUUCGACCACAGCGGCAGUUCUUUUGCCUUCAUGGAGGAUGCCGCUGCGCCAGACACCAGAGCGCCGUCUUCCAAGAUCAACGCGACGCAUUCGGUGAACAUCGUGGCCGAGAGCGUCGCCAACCCAAAGGCGGGGCCGGCUGGCCGGUCGUCGAGGAGGUCGUCCAGAGACUUCGACCACGCCUUCCUGAAUGAGGCCAUGGCGUCGGAGACAAAAGCACCGUCGUCCAGGAUCAACGCGACGCACACGGUGAGCAUCGUGGCCGAGAGCGUCGCCAACCCGAAGGCCGGGCCGGCAGGCCGGUCGUCGAGGCGGUCAUCCCGCGACUUUGACCACAACGGCAACUCUUACGCCUCCCUGCUCCUGGAGGACAUCCAGAGCUAUCACCAGCAGAACGCUAGCGACACGGCCGCGGCGGCGCCGGCGUUCUCGCUCCCGGCGUGCGUGUCCAAAGCCUGCUCCAUCCUUGAAGCGGUCGCGGACCUCAACUCCUCGCCGUCAGAGAACAGGAGCUUCGAGCUGGACCGGUCGGCCGACGACAAGGGGUCGGCCAACGUGAGCUGCUACAGCGCCGGGAAGGCGGCGGGAGCGGGCACGCACGUCGUCGAGUCCGAGGUCGUUGUCAAGGACGACCUCAUGGAGCCGAGCCUGCACAAGUACGUGUCCGUGCGGGACAUCCGCGGCGAGGCCGAGCCACAGGAGUCCGCCGGGAGCAACAGCUUCGCCGGCAACCCGUGGACGUGCUCCUGGGAGCCCAAUUCCGUCGACUCCACCGACCGGACGUGGACGGCCUCGCAGUCCAACAGCGACGACGCCGAGCAGCUCAGCGGUGGCACGGCCGGCACACUCGAACUGUCUUGGCAGAGCAAGCAGGAGUCCGGUGGCCGUGCACGGUUUGGCUCUGCCGGCGGUGCUCAUCGAGGCGGCGGCAGCGUCGCGCGAUCAGAUGUCCGUACUGCAUCAGCAAACUCUUCUAGCGUUUAGCAAAAACAACAGUGUUGCUGUCACUUUUAGGCGUUCUGGUUUUAAAAAUUUAAUGGCAAGACGGGUUGCUGUUCUUUGCCUCAUUUGAUAAUAUUCUUGGCAAUGUAUUUAUCCUUGGUUAUCUACUGAUGAUAUGCCAAAAUCUUUUGGUGGAAGUUUAUUUUAGUGAAAGAUCGCACACUCAAAAACGUAGUAGUUCGCUUGAACUAUGAAUAUGAAGCUUCUGAAAUGAGUUCGUUA